AAGAAAUCAGUCCUGGACGUUCUUUCAGAUAGAUAACAAAUGGCUGGUCUCGAGGCUAAGUUUGAAUGAGUGUAAUUUUGUUUUCAUGAUGUUGCAUUACAUGAAAACACAUGUCCGCCAGGGAGUGUGGGUGGUGGUGGAGGGGGUAUAUAGGGAUCCCGCCCACUCCAAUGGUGUGCAUUCAUGUUAACUAAACCCCGUAAAUCCACGUUGUUGUAUCCCAUUGUAAAUCAAUUAUUCCAUCAUAAAUUCACGUUGUUAUAAUUAAAUUCAUGUGUUGUUGUAUCUCACCGUGCACGCUGUCAUAUCAAACCGUCCACUCACAUAAAUGUUUUGGGGGCCAUGCAAAAGAAAAUGGCUCCGCGGGGUCAAUGUGUUUGAUUGCGUGGGCAUGAUUGACUAUAGCUUUCUCCAUAAUUAUGUUACAGUAACAGACAUGUGGAGGGGAAGUGUUUCUGUUUAGCGUUACGCCUUAAGGUGCAGUGAUCAUGUGAGUCACAUGUGCCUUGUAACUCUCUCAAUACCCCUCCUUCAUUUUUCUUAUGCAGGUAAAGUAUGUAAAGGUAUUCUAGUUGGAAACACUAAACAGAACCUCCCACCUCCCUAUACAUCGUUUACAAUGACUCUGUGAGACAAAAAUAUUAAUGUGAACGUUGUGUAAAAUUGGCUAAGUGCAUGAGGUGACUAAUAGACUGAACAGGGAACAGCUGGUUAACUGUCAUGCCCACGCAAUGAAUUGACCCCACAAAAUCCAUUUUCUUUUGCAUGGCCCACACGUUCAUGUGAGUUUACAAUUUGAUAUGACAGUGCACGCAUGUGCACAAUGGAACAUGAUUUACGAUGGGAAUAUGACAACGUGAUUUACAAUGGAAUACGACAAAACGUGUAUUUUUACAAUGUCCGAUAACUAUAACAUCGUCCACAAUGGUAUUCUAUUCUAUGUCAUGGCGUAUACAUAAUUAUAACGAUUCAGAUUUGAUUUUAGAUCACUAUAUAGGUUUGCAUUUCCAUCCAAGCUGAAGCCAUCAGUUCCAUUUGGUUUAGUAGCAUUAAACGCAUCUUCAUCCAUAUCGUAUUCCAAGGUACCAUUGUCAGUUUGAGGUAUAAUAGGUCAUCAAAAGGCUACAGUUUUUGCAUGCAACAUCGUUACUACAUAUAGGAUGCAUGCUCAAGUUUACACAUGCACAAGAUUUGAUUAAAUAAUAGGCAAAUUUAUUGUAAGCUCAGGCCUAACUGCAUGCAUGUGACUUACAUGCGCAUUCUGUUGACUCGGUUAACGGUUAAAACUUGCACACUAAGACAGCUACUGCACACAGACUUGAUGACUUCGAUCCUGCAUGGUAUACUGAAGUGCAAAGAUUAUGACACUGGGUCUGUUUACAGCAGAGCAAUAAUUGUUUUAUGCAUGCAUAUGUGUGGGUUGCGCAUGCGCGCAUGGUGAUGGGGGAAACAUCUUAAUAAAUGUAAUUGAUUCAUGUGCAUGUCAGCGUUACUUAGCAACUGUUAGGCUAGCUUAUUCAUACUGUCUGAUUAUCUUUAACUCAGUCUGUUUGAACCCUGGCCUCUACUGUGUAUCUCAAUUGCAUAUAAUUAGCACAGUUUGUCCUUGACUCUGUAUAUAUACAGAUUGUUUUUGGUUUCUGCGUGCCAAAUAAACGCAUAUAAUUAUGAUACAUUCUUAAACUAGCUAAUCAUAAUGUUCAGUGGAAUCGUUGCAAGCUGUUAAAGAUGUACUACUGUUUCGUAUUACAACUGUUCCUGACAAUGGCUCUGUCAUCAGUGCAAACUGCAGAAAUAUUAAAUUUCUCUCAGUCAACUGAUGCUGUAGCCCCAGGUGGAAACAUAACAUUCAUUUGUGAGGUAAUUGGUCGCUCUGCGGAGUGGAAAAUCAACGACACUUUUAGAUACCAAUCUGAUCCGACUAGGGGCUUCUUUAUUAAUGUCCCUAUAAGGAAUGAUACUAUAUCGGAUUACUUGCUUUUAAGGCUGACUAUCACAGCUUAUGAGUACAACAAUAGUUCGAAAAUAUCUUGUUUUGGUUUUGACCCGAACACCCAACAAGACAAGCUCUUCAUUAUUGCAGGACCACCAUCUGAACCCCAGCCACGAUUCAGUUACACCGAUAAUGGUUUGUCACUCACCAUCACUUGGAACAAACCCUUCACCCACACUGGAUUCAACAUCACUGCAUACUCACUGCUAAUUUACAACACGUCUGAUUCCACAAUGAGAAAUGUGACAUUGGGUCAACAACGUAUGUAUGUGGAUGUCAUCGAUACUGCCCCUAGCAAUUGCCACGAGCUACAAUACACUGUGACAGUAUACAACUCAUUAGGGAGCAAUGCAGCAAGUGUCAUUGCAGGAUAUCCAAUUCCACUUGAUCCUGUUGAAAUUCAAUGGAGAGUUUUGUACGACAGAGACAGUGCACCACACUUGGAGAUAUGGUUUGAACCAGCUUAUGUUUGUUCCUUCCAAGAUGUCGAGUAUACAGUUUAUCUUGAGAACGUUUCCGGAAACUCUACCCUGCAAUCCUAUGGUGAUGUUUUGUACAGUGUUCAUUCUGGACUGAGUGUUGGAGCUAAUUAUAGGGUAAUUAUAGAAGAACGAAGCACAGUAGGACUCACUGUGUCAAGACAAGAUAUUGUUAUUGAAGUACUGCAUUCUCAGAGUAUAGGUAAUCAAGAAGUACAAAUACAUAACACAGCCAUUGGAGGGCUUGCUGUGUGUUUGGCCGUUUCCCUUGUACUCUUCUUCAUCUUCUUAGCUCUUUACUGCAAGCAAAGGAAAAAAGCAAAAUAUCUAAGAAAAAUGUCGGUUGAUACGGCCAAUAAUGGACGACCAAGCACAUUGCGAACAAGAUCAUCAGCCACAAAGCUAAAUCCCAUUUACGAAGGAGGUGGUCCUGUGUAUGAGAGUCCUGGUGGAGAACCGUUACGUGUCCUUCUAUCCGCUAGCACACCGAGCACUCCUAACACCCCUCUCGAUAACAACAACCCACGUUACGUCUUUGACAUGCCCCCACCAGAUCUUCCACCCCCCAGGAAGCUUCAGUUCGUGCUCCCCAACGCUCCAUCCUGUAAUGGAGGGAACCUGGAGAAAGAUCAAGAGAAGGCAGACCUAAAGGUGGCUUUAGAAGAGCCAGAGUACACAAUGAUGAGGCCAAUCCAAGCAGUCAAGCCUUCGCCUUUGAUUUUAUCAACUUAAUUUUUUUCUAAUAUACUCAAAACAUGUAACGUGCAUGUGUGUAGCUGUUCAAAAGUGUAAUAAAAAGUAGAGAAGCAUUGAAUUUACUUAUUUUUUUGGAAUUCCAAUUUUUUUGUUUUGUAGCAUUUAUUGAUUUGAGGCCCUGUCACAUAGAGUAUAAUUUUGUUCUCAUAACGUUGUAUUUCAUGCAUUACAUGAAAAUACGUGUCCGCCAUGGGAGUGUGGGCGGUGGUGGAGGGGGUAUAGGGAUCCUACCCACUCCAAUGGUGUGCAUUCAUGU